ACAUUCAAACCACGAAUUAAUCCCUUAGAAUCAAUGACAGCAGCAGAACUGCAGCACAGAUUUAGAUUUGAUCAGGAAGGAAUUGAAUUUAUAACAGAUUUAAUUCAAAAUGACAUUAUGCCUUUGACCAACAGAAAUCACAGUGUACCUGCAAUUGUGCAAGUCAUGGUUGCCUUGAGAUACUAUGCUACAGGUAAGAUGCAGCUAUGUAGUGGUGACAACUUUGGUCUUCACCAGUCAACGGUUUCAAGAAUAAUUCAAAGAGUUACUACCGCUCUUGUUCAACCAAAUAUUGUCAAGCGAUUCGUUUCCUUUCCAAUGGACCCAGGAACUAUUCGGAAGCACCAGGUUGACUUUUUUGCCAUUGCUGGUUUCCCUGGCGUGGUUGGGGCGAUUGAUGGAACUCAUGUGCGGAUUAUAGCUCCCAGUGAACACGAAGUGGAGUAUGUCAACCGGAAAAACUUUCACAGUAUAAAUGUACAGAUUGUAUGUGAUGCCAGUUAUAAGAUUUUAGACAUCGUGGCAAGCUGGCCGGGAGCGACUCACGAUGCCAGAAUACUGAGGGAGAGUGGUCUAUUUCAGCUCUUUCAACGACGUUUAUUGCCCGUGAAAUGCCAUCUUCUCGGUGAUAGCGGUUAUCCUGGGAAAGACUGGCUGCUGACACCUUUUUUAAAUCCACAAGCUGGUCCACAGUCACGGUACAACAGGUCGCAUAAGUGCACUCGCACCCUUGUUGAGAGAACAAUUGGUCACUUAAAAAGACGGUUCCAUGUUCUUCAUGGAGAAAUACGUCAGCAUCCUCAACGUGCCAGCAAUGUCAUCAUAGCAUGCGGAGUUUUACAUAACAUCGCAAAAAUGUUCAAUCUGCCCCUCCCUGACGAUGAUGACAACGCAGAUGCUUACAAUGACAAUGGAAAUGCCAAUGACCACAUAGUUGCAGAUAUCCAGGGUACAGAUGGUCGAGCUUACAGAAACCACAUUGUUUCUGCUCAUUUUAUGUAAACAGAUGCGGGUCAAUUACGGUGUGGGUGCAAACAUUGGUAGGACAUGCGUUUGGCUGUGGGACAGUAACAAAGUUUAUUUGUUGCUGCCCAUCUCCAGAUUCACUGGUGCUGAUGACAUGGAGAUCUUGAGUCACAAGGCCAUCUGAUUCACUGAAAUAAAAGGAAUCGAAUUCU